UUACAGAAAGAUUUGGAAGAGGUUAAGGAACUGCUUACGAAAGCCACAAGGAAGCGAGUUCACGAUGUCCUGGUGACAGAAAAACACAAGCUAGAGCUAGAAAUCAAGAAUCAGCCUCCACCGAAGCCAAAAGAUGCAGCAGAGGAAGAAAAGUCGUCGCUGGGAGGGUAUACAGUGAAGAUAAACAACUAUGGUUGGGAUCAGUCAGAUAAGUUUAUUAAGAUUUAUGUCUCUCUAAAUGGAGUCCAGAAGCUUCCAGCUGAGAAUGUGCAGGUGAAUUUCACAGAGAGGUCGUUUGAUCUGCUAGUGAAGAACCUGAAUGGGAAGAACUAUACCAUGACCUUCAACAACCUCCUGAAACCCAUUGCUGUGGAAGGCAGCUCUAGAAAGAUAAAGACAGACACGGUCCUUGUGAUGUGUAGGAAGAAGCGGGAGGAAAAAUGGGAAUGCCUCACUCAAGUGGAAAAAGAAAGCAAGGAGAAAGAGUAA